CAUCCCUCCAUCCCCAGACUCCCCCAAAUCCAUAGCCCCUCGCACGUCGAUCCAGCAAAGAAAAACGACCCGAUCCACCACCAUGGCGCCGCGUGCUCUGCCUCUGCCCCUUCUCCUUGUCCUCGUGCUGGCCGUGGGUCUCUUCGCCGCCGCCCACGCGAGCGCCGCCGGCGGAGACUUCGGCGAGAGGCGGCGGUGGCUGCAGGAGGACAACAGCAGCAGCACCGCGGGCGCCGCCAGCCUGCUGAUGGGUUACAUCAGCUACAGCGCGCUGUUCGCGGACAGCGUGCCGUGCUCGCGGCAGGGCGCGUCCUACUACAACUGCCAGCCCGGCGCCGAGGCCAAUCCUUACCAGCGCGGCUGCUCCGCCAUCACGCAGUGCCGCGACUGACCGGCAAUCUAUCUCCUUUUGCCACCACGGAUUUGAUCUUCCCAUUUUGUUUCUCUUCUUCUGCUUCUGCUGCUGUGAUUGCCGCUGUGUGUUUACGAUCGAUGUAACUAUAUAUGUAUGUAUGAGAUUAUUGGAUUGGUUGAUGCCUUUUGAUGUUAUACGAGCAGUUAACGGGGAGAGUACAUUUGAGUUUAAUUAAGGUGGUGUUUCUGGAUGUGGUUUUCUUCUAUACACGCAUUCUCCAUUUACCCGUUUGAUUGGCCAGAAGAAUGAUAUGGUCAUCUCUACUGGCCAGGCCAAUAAAACUCUGUCUGUUAAGUUGA